CUCACACGUGUCGUCGAAGCAAGAUGGAGGUGCGCGGGCGCAUUUGGUUCCUCGUCCUGUGGGCUUGUCUGUUGGUGAUGCAUCCCACAGCGAACGCGAGCUCGUACUUUGUCUUUGAUCUUGACGACACGGAAGAAGAUUGCUAUACGGAAGAUGUCGUGUCUCGCUCGGUUAACAGCGAUGUCUUCCUUCACUUUGAAAUCUUGGAGCCCGCUGUGACAGAUGCGGUCGAUGUGCAGCUCACAUCGCCGUCGGGUCGCGGGAUCCAAGCGUGGUCGGGGUCGAAGGGCAACCACACGUCCAUUUUGGUGCGUGAAUCGGGGUUGUAUUCGGUUUGUUUCACCAAGACAGCGUCUUCCAGCCGCCGCUUGAGUAUUUUGUACGCAUUUGACCAUGCCAGUAUUGGUUCGCGGACCUUGACCCGCUAUCCCGCAUCUGUAUCGACCAUUUUGCGCGAAAAGCCCGAUGAAACCACCUAUACAGAGCUGAACUUGGAGACUGCUGCCAACGGCGACGUACAAUCGAUGGGGCUGGUGCAGUUUGUCUUUUCGGGUGUUUCCAAAAGCAUCAUCCACGAUAAUACCAGAAUCAUGAUGAGUUUCUCCGUGGAAUAUGCUUCAGUGGCGGACUUGGGGUUGAGCGUCGCUCUUGUUGCUGGUGGGCUGAAGCAUCCAUCCACGUACGUUGAUGGUAGAAACACUGCUGGAGGUGUGACGUUUCAACGCUUUUUCAGAUGGAAUGCAAUGUCCGAGCAUGUGCUAGCCUUUUCGGGGAAAGUCACUCAGACAAUGGGAGCAAAGACUGGCGGUACCGUCUUCUUCGAUAUCACCGACGACGUCACAGCCGCAAUGAACGCGGAAGAUUACCCAUCGAUUGUGUAUUCAAUCCAAGUCGCGGACGAAGGUGGUUCCGCACGGCUCACUGGCAAUGCGCACUCAAUUAUGGCGCAUUACCCUGUUAUCACGUUUGAGGACAUGGGGUUGGACGUCAUGCGUGAAAUUGGUCACUUUCGCUACUCCGUGUGGGACCUUAAAGGAGAGCUCAUCUCGAUCAUCCAAAACGAACGUCACAGUCGAAACAGUACGUUGUUACCGACUACCCCACGUGAAACAUUGAUGGAUGCGCUGUAGCUGCGGAGACGGUGCAGUCACGAGUCGUGUGGGGGACCGUUCUCACCAAUAUCGUAUUGCUUUCCCUCGCGAUCGGACAAGUUCUGUACGUGCGCAACCUCAUCGGCACUGGGUACGCCUUCUGAUCAGGGUGUGGUCUCCACGUCGGAAAUUCGAAAAUGAAUGUUCUCGCGCGCUUUCACAGUUCUCGCUCAUUGGUCCAUGUUGGUAUGGGGGUUUUCGGAAUAGACCAAUCAGCGUGCGCUAGGAUUGAGAUAAAGGGAUGUGAUUCGUCGAAAAUUAUACCACAAGCAUAAUGAUGGCACA